AUAAGGGGCGGAGCCAUGUCCAGACACGACCCUUUUGAUUGGCUUUCAUUCCGGCGCGGAGUCUCCUGGGAUCCGGAAGAAGUUGAUUUUCUCACACCUAAAUUGGCUUGUGAGUCAUAGGCGUGAGCCACACUGUGCUGUGGGAAUAAGAUGGCGGGGAAGAAGAAUGUUUUGUCGUCUCUUGCAAUUUAUGCGGAAUAUUCAGACCCUGAGUCUGAUGGCGAAACUGGAGUCGACGCUGUAGGCGGUGCGGCUGAGGAGAAAGGUGGCUUGGUAUCUGAUGCCUAUGGAGAAGAUGACUUCUCUCGUCCAGGGGGUGAUGAGGAUGGUUACGAAGAAGAGGAGGAUGAGAACAGUAAGCAGUCGGAAGAUGACGAUUCAGAGACUGAAAAACCUGAGGCUGAUGACCCAAAGGAUAACACAGAGACAGAGAAGCGGGAUCCCCAGGAGCUAGUGGCUUCCUUUUCUGAAAGGGUCCGAAACAUGUCACCUGAUGAAAUCAAGAUCCCACCAGAACCGCCCGGCAGAUGUUCAAAUCACUUACAAGAUAAGAUCCAGAAGCUCUACGAGCGGAAGGUGAAGGAGGGAAUGGAUAUGAACUACAUCAUCCAGAGGAAGAAGGAGUUCCGAAACCCCAGCAUCUAUGAGAAACUGAUUCAGUUCUGUGCCAUUGAUGAGCUGGGCACCAACUACCCAAAGGAUAUGUUCGAUCCCCACGGCUGGUCUGAAGACUCCUACUAUGAGGCAUUAGCCAAGGCCCAGAAGAUUGAAAUGGACAAAUUGGAAAAGGCCAAAAAGGAGCGAACCAAAAUUGAGUUUGUAACGGGCACCAAGAAAGGCACCACAACCAAUGCCACGGCCACCACCACCAGUACUGCCAGCACAGCUGUCACAGAUGCCCAGAAGAGGAAGAGCAAGUGGGAUUCUGCCAUCCCCGUGACAACAAUAGCACAGCCCACCAUCCUCACCACCACAGCCACUCUGCCAGCGGUGGUCACUGUCACCACCAGUGCCAGUGGCUCCAAGACCACCGUCAUCUCUGCUGUGGGCACCAUUGUGAAGAAGGCCAAGCAGUGACCAGAGGACACCCAGGACUUGGCAGGACUGUGCAGCCCAGUAGCUUCCACCCACUGGGAGGUGCCACUCUGUGUGUUUAGGACUGAGACGCACUCCCCACAUGCCUUCCAAGAGGAGCCUCUGACAUUCCAGCCGGAAAGACAUUACAGCAGAGGCAAUGGUGUGCAAUGGACAGGGUCUGUUCAUACACCUCUUGGGUCUCACCCAAUUAAAAGUACUGUUUCUUGGGUCCUGGCAUGUCAGGUGCACUGGCCUCUCCGAUGCUGUGUUCAGACAAACCUGAAGCUCAAGUGCCCGCCCCUCUGUAACAGUCAGGCUGUUGCUCAGGAUGAACAGUGGCUUGACAAACUGUGGGAGUGCUCAGAGGGUCAGCCCAGGGAGCUACCAUGGUCAUCCCAGUAUGCCCAGGACGUGGGCAGGCAGGAGCUCAAGGAGGGGCCAGACACAUACCCUUUCCUGUUGUCUAUUUUUCUAUUUUCCUAAUCCCGAAACCAGGCCUCAACAAUUCUCAGGCAAUAGCAGAGGCCUCUGCUCUCUUGGGUGCAGUUAAACACUCCCCACACUGCUUCUGAUACACACCCAGGCUUUUGAAAUCAGGCCAGAUAACAGGGCUGGGAUGUGAUUCCCAACCUGCCCAGGGCAGGAGCAAAGUGUGGGCACCUGGCCAAGGCCGCCCCAGCCCCUCGGUGCCCAGUGAGUGUGGCCAGCAGGAUCCACGCAGUGGGGGAGAUGAAUCACCUCCUGCUCUGGCCGGGGCCACAGCACAUUGUUUAUGUGAAGGCUGGGCUCUUGGGAAGGUAUCUGCCACCCCACCCUUCCUAUGUCCUUAUCGCUACCCAGCAGCAGCCCUGGGCAGCACCAGUGGCCACUCUCGGGGCCUAAACAGAUUCACCAGCCCAAGCCAGAGGGAAAGCUUGUCCUUCGUGCCCUCUGGCAGCUCUCCUCCACGCUCAGCGGAAGGGCUGAGUGUCAAAGGAGGAAGUGGGGCUGUGAAGGCUUCCAUGGGACCCACAGAGACAAAACCUCUGAAGUUGUGUUUGGUAUUUGUGUGAUCUGGGGACUAACAAGCUGCCCAUGAAUCCCUAAAAUGAAAACCCAGUCACUAUUGUCCUUUUCUGUCCUUGACUGCACCUUGUGUCCUGAGCACCUCUGGAAAGGUCUACCCUGCAGGAGGCUCAGGACACCCAGGUCUGAGUAGGCAGCUCAGGAGAUGCACUGAGGGCACCAGCACCUCGGCUCUGGAGUCCAGUCUGCAGCAACCCUGAACCAGUCCUGGGGAGCUUCAGUAACACUUUCUAAGGGCAUCCUGAGGGGUCUGAGAUAGUGAAGCAUGGCAAAGCCAAAGUGAGAUGGGCCACGUCCCCACCAAGAGCUAAUUAGAUAUGGGCUCCUGUAGCCGAGGCUUUGAAAGUCUGAUCCUCCUGCCUCUGCUUCCCAAGGACUGGGGUUACAGACAUGAAUCAUCACACUUAGUUUAUGUGGUGUGAGAGAUUGAAUCUAGGACUUCCUGCAUGCUAGGCAGACACCAAGUGAGUUACAUUCCCAGCAAACCUCAGAUUCCAGGCCCUUCUGAAGAGCAGAGGUGUUGCCCUGUGCAGCCCAGACUAGCCUCAAAUCAGUCUCUUGCCCCUGUCUACUAAGUGCUGGAAUUUAGGUGUAUCUCCAUAACCAGCUUGUUUGGGGGGACAGGUAAGGGUCGAGACAGGAUUUCUCUGUGUAACAGCUCUGGCUGUCCUGGAACUCACGUAGAAGAGGUUGGCCUUUGAGCUAACGAGAUCCUCCUGCGUCUGCCUCCUAAAUGCUGGGAUUAAAGCUGUACACCACCA